UGGUUGUAAUAGUGUUUUUUGUUUUGUUUGGAAUAGCAGAAUCACUUUUCAACAAAGCUGUUUUGUUAGAGUCUUUUUUUUCUGCUAUGGGUCAAGGGUGGAAGCGGGUCCACUUAUUGGUUUUCUUGAUUUUCUUGAAACAUGCUGUUGGACUUGAAGGUUGGAUUUCUCAGAAUGUUCAGCCUCAGAAUUGGUCUGUCCACAAGCUCUUCUCCCCUAGGGAAGUCCAGUCUUCUGUGUUGGAGGCUCCAGUGACUGGAAGCAUUCCUGUUGAAGAAGUGGCCUUGAAUAUGUUUGCUGGGAAGAACCCAAAUGCCAGCAGGCCUCCAUUUUCCCUUUCACGUCAGUAUGUAAAAGGAGGCUUUUCCAGCAGCUAUGGAUCUAUGUCUCCUACCCAAAGUGCACCAACUGUCUUGGACAGCAUUUCAUCCCUGCUACAACUCCAGGGUUCCUCCAGUCCAAAUGCCCAGAAUGUAUUUACCCAGUCUACUAGUGGACAAGGUUCCUAUAGCCAGUCUUCUCCGUAUGGCUCUGGACUGCAAAGAGUUUCUGCUGAACUCUCUUCCUCACCAGUACGAGGUGGUAGUUCCAGUGGCUUGUCCAUCCUGUCAAAGCUUGGUCUCCCACCUCUUGGUGUUUCUGACCCACCCACCGGUGAUCAAAGCUCCUCAAACAUGUCUACAAGUGCUCGGCGCAGCUCUGGCCUUCAGUUGGGAGGAACCUCUAGUCUGCUUUCUGCAAAGAGUAGCUCUUCCACAGGGUCCUCAAGCAGUUCCCGCCGUUUCUUUACUUCUACUUAUCAGGGCAGCUCUGGGUCACAACUGGCAGGAGGUUCCAGCCAGCUUAUUUCUGCAAGUGGUUUGUUCACCCAGUCUCCAAGUACUGAAAGUCAGGAUACCCCUGGAUCCUCCUAUGCGACGCUUGCUGCCUCACCCCUAGUUUUUAGCCAGUCUACCACUGAUCAGAGCUCUUACAGCCAGUAUACACCAAGCUCAGAGAGCAGCGUUGGCACUCAGCUGGCAGCUUCCCAUCAUCCUGUACCUGGACAGGGAAGUCGGUAUGGUUCAUCUGUCGAGCCUCAAUAUGCCACUAGCCAGCAUGCUCCAACUUUUUCCUUGGGUGCAAAACUGCCUGUGUCCAGUCAGUACUAUCAAGGAACUCUGAGUGGUUCUCGAUCUCAAAGCAAACUAUCUCCGGAACCUUCAGCCUCAAGGACCCAAGGAUUUCAGGCAGUGUCACAAAGAUUUGGUACGUCACAGAGCAGUUCUUGGUCUCCAAGUAGGUUCUCUUCACUGUCUUCUGCAGGAGGUUCUAUCAGCUCUACUGAUGGCUCUUCUGUACAGUCUCAACAUGCCUCCAGCCAGAAUGCCCUGGCUUCUUUGGAUGCAAAAGUGCCUUUGUACAGUCAAGCUGCUCCAAGUAGUUCAUCUCUGUCUCUGAGCUCUCCAUCUCAAUGGCAGCCUUCCUCUAGGUGGUUGCAGAGAUUUCGGGCAUCUGAUACAGUGGCAUCAGAGAGUAGCUCUCCAUCUCAAGGCUCCAAGGCUCCCAGUAGGUUGUCUACCUCAGCAGUAAGUCCUGGCCAAUUUGCUUCCAAACAGGAAGGAAGUGGCAGGUUUAGUGGCUUGUCCAUGCAGUCUCAAAGUACCUCAAGUCAGUAUAGUCCUGGGUCCUCUGCAUAUGCCAAGCUUGCUGCCUCACCCCAAGGUGUUAGUCAGUUAACCAGUGGACAAAGCUCUUACAGCCAGUAUACAUCAAGCUCCCAGAGCAGGGCUGGCACUCACCUGGCAGGCUCUAGUCACCAUGCACCCGUGCAGUCAAGCACCUUUACUGAUGGCUCAUUCCUCCAGCUUCAAGGUACCUCCAGUCAGUAUGCACCUGUUUCUUCGGGUUCAAAAGUGCUUGUGUAUAGUCAAACUGCCCCAAGUGCAUCCUCUGCUCUGAGCCAGACAUCUCGAUGGGAACCUUCCACUUCUAGAUGGUCCCAAGGUUUUCAAACCUCUGGAGCUGUGGCAUCACAAAGCAGCUCUCCCUCUCAAGGUUCUAAGGCUUCCAGCAAGUUCUCUACCCUUACCUCAGCAGCAAGUCCCACCCAAUUUGCCUCCAAACAGGAAGGAAGUGGUAGAUAUAGUGGCUUUUCCAGCCUGUCUCAAGGUACCUCAAGUCAGUAUAGCCCUGUGUCCUCUGCAUAUGCCAAACAUGGUUCCUCUCUCGCUGUUUCUAGCCAGUCUACAAAUGAUCCAAUCUCUUCUGGCCUGUAUGCAUCAAGCUUCCCAAGUAUGGCUGGAACUCAGCUGGCAGGUUCUAGUCCUAUGCCCGUUCAGACAGGAAGCACCUUUAAUGGGGGAUCAUCUUUCCAGUUUCAAGGUACCUCUAACCAGUAUGUCCCUUCUGUGUCCAGUCAAUACACUCAGGCUUCUUCAGGUGGAUCCUCCUUGACUGGCUCAGAGGCAUCUCAAAAAUGGCCACCUUCAGCCUCUACUUGGCGCCAAGGGUUUCAGACCUCUGCUACAGCUGUACAUCAGAGCAGAUCUUCCCCUCAAAGCUCUCAGACUUCCAGUGGAUCUUCCUUCCUGCCAGCCCUGAGCCCUUCUGUAGAUCAUGUGGCCCAGAGUUCUAUCUCUAGUCCUCUGAGGAUCUCAAGCUUUUUUGGUGUAGGACAACGGCUCUCAGCUCUGGCUGCUUCUGGCUCCCGAAUCCAUAGCCAAAUAUCUCCUGGUCCGUCUGCUUCAGUUCAACACCCCUCAGACUCCAUGACUUCAUCUCUUGGCUCAAGUGUCCAAGGAGCUUUACAAGGUAUAUUCUCUGGUCAGUCGAGUUCCACCUAUGGCCCGAAACCUUCAGGCUAUUCCAAAUCAUCCCAAAGCUCCUCUGCUACAGGACGAUACUUCUCAUCUGUCAAGGGCUAAGGGACUGCCAUGUACAUUUGUGCUGUGGCAUGUCAGUGAUAAAUGGUGUAAAGCUGUGCUUUUAAUAAUCUAACUUUUGAAGCAAUAAAUUGUUUAAUAUAAA